CAUGCCUUUAAGCAAGUGCUAUUCUUAAGUAUGAUAUAAUAUUAACAAACACAAUGAAGAUCUCAUCCCUACUCUGUUUUAGUUUUAUUUGUGUUUUCUUGGAAGCUCGACCGGAUGACUACAGUCCUACUUCAGAGACAGAAAGUAAAAGUUUAGAGAUUGAAUCCCGUGCUGCUGAAGUCGUUAACGAAACUCUUAGUAAUAACGUUGAAAGAAAUGGAAAGAAAGAAGAAAUAAUAGAGUUACUGACUUUACUGCCUGAAUUAAAAGCAGAAAAUGACGAUUCUGAAUCGGAUAAUGCAAGUGAUAGUGACCGUGCUGAAAUAAAGGACGAAUCAAGCGAGAGAUAUGGUAACAAUGGACAAAUCAUUCUUGAUGAUAUGAAACACAUAGAAACACCAGAAAUUAUUAAACGUGAAGAUCGUGACGGGAAAUCAAACGAAAAUAUAGAAGUACGGCGAAUGGUAGACGAUGAUGAUUCAAAUGAAAAUACGUCUGAAGAACGAUCUGAAGAGUCCAGCGAAGAAGAAAUAAGUGAGUUAGAACAACCAGCACUUCUUCAAAAUACGAGAAGAAUGAUUUCAUAUCCUACGGAAAAACCUGUGGAUGUGGUAACACUGCCGGGUGAUUUAGCUGACCAGAAUCUAGAGUCAAGAGCAGCACUUGGAUUAACUCCAAGGAUUCCGCGUCUGCCUUUACAGAUACCAAAAGUGAUAACCAGUCCAGGCCUCCCAAAUCCUUUUUCGUUCACCACACCUAUCCCAUAUUUGAACCCAAUUAAAUUACAAAACUAUCCAAAUACUGGUACAUAUUUGAAACGGUUUCCUUUAGAUUAUCAGAAAUCAUUGCCUGGAAUGCUAAAAUUAUCGAAAUCAGACUUUCCACGACCAGGGGCGCCAUUGAUUGAUGAUUUUGCUGCAGAAGCCUACGGCAAUGCUUACCCUUUCAUUUCUUCUACCUCGGCACCUUUGGAUAUUUUUCCUCAAGACAUCUUUCCCAAGAACCUUUACUCUAAACUAAUGCAGGCUUCUGAACAUCCUGUCCCAUACCAACCAGGAUUAUACAGCCCAUUCAGAAACACUGGUUACCCAAAUGCGAAUUUCUUUUUGGGACAAAAAGACCUCAAACUCCGACCUCACACACUUAAAAGAAACUUAUAACUUUUUAAUACAAAUAUUAAUAGUUUUUAAGUCGAUUAGAUACAACUUUGACUUUAUAUUAAUCAAAACAGUUGAUAGAAGUGAGUGAAAUAAAACCUGAAUCAAGGGCCGAUCAAAUGAUUAUAUUCAAGAAAACGCGUUAGUGCAAUUUACAUUCCACACAUAAUGUAAAUUGUGUAAAGUGCAAACUAGACACGAGCCAAACUUCACACAGCUACCGUAUCGUAUCUUGUUUGUACGUUACACAAUAAUUGACGUAAAGUUCAUUAUGCUACGUACAAUUUCGUUAUAAAAAUUCGGGAAUGUAAUUUGAGCUUAACGGACAAAAGGUGACUUAAGUGCAGCAAACUCGUGCGUGUUGUGACUCUCCGGUGGGCGGCGCGUGUUUACGUCCUUAUAGUACCUAGCAGCUUGAUCAAAGUUAUGGCUACCCUUAGUUAGACCCAAACGUUGAUAAUACGAAUCCGCGCAAUCUGUACUCACAUUCGUUUUUGCUUUAUACACCUUGGCUACAUAGUUUUGAAGUGUACCUAAAUAGUUCUCCAAUUUAAUUAACGACGCUGACGUUUAGAGGAAUGCAAGAAAUCCCCGAAAUUUAUAGCUACAUUAGUAAUAGAUAUAAAUAUAAUAUUAUAACAAUCAUAAAGUAAGAAGAUUACGCCUUAAAAUAAAGUUUAAUGU